AUGAGCAGAACAGCGUGCAUAGCAGAGCGGUAUUCGAAAAAGAGCAGAUUUACUGGCACUGAAGUUAAGUCCUUGCUCGGCAUUACGCCGGCCCAAUGGUGGCAUGUGUUGGAAGUUGUGCACAACUAUUUUGUCAAAAACGUGAUUGCCAGCAGAAAUAUCGCAACAGAGGAGCAAUGGGGUGAGACCCCGGAGCAAGAUUGCACCUUACAAGGGGCCUUGAUCCAAGUCUUUGUGAACAGUACACUCUAUAAUCUUGCCAAAUAUAAGUCUGCUGAGGAUAGAGAUAAGUUCUCUGGGGUACUCAAAGAGAAGGAGCAUGCGGCGAAGUCAGAGAAGGCGAAAGCAGCAAAGAAGAAUGAGACCAAGGGGAAGGCAACCGAGACAAAAGGCAAGGGUAAGCAAUGCGAGAUGGCGCCAACUCGCAAUUCAACAAAGAGGAGCAAGCAGGCUCAGGCGUCUCUGCCCGAUGAGGAGGACAAGGUCUACCCUGAAAUUGACAAAUUUGCCUCGUCGGAAGACGAAGCGGAGACGCCGAGGGACAAGGCAGACAUCGGAGAUGAUACGGAUAAUGAAAAUACUUCUGAGGAAGCUGACAAGCCCUUCUCGGUGAAGACCCGCAAGGUCGAAAGGGCAACAUAUCUUACUGAUUGGCCUAUCGGCAUUUCGCAUUGUUUCCCCUCCAGAUACCUCUUUGAGCGACUCGGAGGGGCGAAGUUGGAACUACGCCGGAAGCCUUGGAAAAUGCACAAUCAGUUGCGGAUUGAGUGGAGAGUGUCGGGCAUCAAGGCUGAGAAGAUAGGAACAUGUUGGGGGAAACCGACGAAGAGGGAGAGAAGUGAGAUUGUGGAGGUGAGUGACGAUGACGAUAAGGAUGCUGAUGAGGAUGCUGACAACGACAUCGACGACGAUGCUGAUGACGACAACGAAGGCGAGAGUGAAGAAGAAGAGGAGAAGGGUGAGGAAGAAGAGGAAGCAGUAGAGGAGGGAGAUGCCCCAAGGAGAAAGAAGACAAACACACUCAGACCCAAGAUGCCGGUCAAGACCCACCACUUGUUCGAUAAGCCUGCUGAGAGUCUGCCUUAUGAGUCUGAGCUGGAGGAAGAGAAAGGGGACUUAAUGUCAGAGUACAAAGGCCGAGUUACUGGUUCGCAAGCUGACAGCGCUGCGGAGUCUGAAAGAACUGCGCAAGAAGAGAUGCCCAGUAGAGAGCCUGUCGGGAAAGGUAGUUACGUUAAUGGUAGCCCUGAUCAGGGUAUUCCUCCUGGCAGGUGUGGGGACGAGUCAAUCGAUAUAGAGGUGGGUUACCUUACCGACGCAUCGGCCAGUUCAUAUAACGUGGGUCUAUAG